AUGUUUUUGUUGUGUUUGAAAUUUCGUUGAAGAAGGUGUCUGUGCUGCUCGCGCUCCUGCCGUAAAGUGUUUUUCUGCCUAGCUAGUGGUUUCCAUCUGAUAGAUGUACCCUUUUGCGGGGAAAUAUCGAGAAGUGCUGGUUUGCUGCGAGAAGCGAGCGUGCGUAGUUUAAUCCAUUCUUCGGAUGAUAUUCUUGUGUGCGCUCUUAUGGAGAAGAGACGGAAAUUAUGCUUCCCCUUGGCUUGAUCGCACUUAGCUCGCGGUGUAUGUGUGUUGAUGUGGAAUCCAUGUGGAGCGAAGGCGACGCAUGCAUGGAAUAUGAAUAGGAUAAUUAGAAUGCAGUUGACCAUCGUCAGUGCGGAAAGCAGAGUCACAAACACACAGGCAGCAGCAGCAACAGAAUUUUCAGAGGCACGCAACGAACAUAAACAAUCCGCUAGUAAGGUUGAUCUUGCCAGUUGCAAAGUUUUGUGAGGAAUUACAACAAUAAACUAGCAGCGGCCUUAGAAUCCACCUACACUCUAAGGUUGAGCAAAGCGUACGUGUGGACACAAGAGCGGCGAAGAACAGCAGCGUAUUGCCAACGAGAAAAAGGGCCUAUUGUUUUGUUCAUACUCACUGUACUGUUUUGUUUUGGUUGCUCAAACGACUAUCGACUGCUCAAAAUACCCCAUCACAGCCAUCUUUUGAUGAAUGUUUCAAGGUUUCCUACUAAAGCAAUAUCAUCAUACAUCCAACCAAUGUGCUGAUCAAAUGUCAAUUGUGCAGAUAAACGUGCGUUGGAGUAGCUUCUGAUCGCAUCGAUUGCUUAAAUAAUGCUCAAGCCUCAAUCUUUACCCUAUCAGACAUUCUAACAGAGGAGAACAACUACAAAAAAACUGACAUGAAAUUGAGUGGAUGCAAAUGAAUCAACUCAACAGCUCUGUUCAAAAUAAAAAGAAAUUGAAAAAGGUGAUAUACAGUGAAGCGACGUGGAACGUCUUAUCAGUGAAGCAAUAACGAGGUCUCCUUCCAGCUCCAGAUUGCAGAGAACAGAGCGGUUAGUUACUUCCGUCAUCGUAGCUUGAUUGUGUGCAUAAGGUUUUUUGUUUUCCUGUGCGACACGGUGCAUUAGCAGAUCGAAGUGCCAGGAUAUUAAAAGUGUUGAAAUCAUCCUUUUCAAAGCUGGCUGGUAGACGCAUAAGGUUUUGUGCUGUUUUGUUUUUUAACAGACUCAUCUGUGUGUUAUUUUUCUUCUGCAUAUGGUGCUUGUAGGUGUUAACCGCGAUAAUAGUAUUUCUUGUACUGUACCCACGUAUUUAAAGAAGUGAGCGCGAAAAGCAUAUCUAUUACGAACAGCUCGUAUUUAGCUGCAUGUCGUCAAGUGUUACCGAUAAAAAUUAUGACCGUUUGUGUAUUCGUGUAGUGUUGGUAGCUUCUCAUAUCAUCCAUUCCUGUAAAAUUGGUUGAUAAUUCUUCCUGUCCUGCGACUAAGAAGAGAAGCCGAAUAAGAAACGGAAGAGUGUCAUUGUUACAGUAUAAGGUAUUUGCAUAGUGCAGUUUCUGGAUGUGUGCGUGUGUGUAAUAUAAGUUUUACUCCUGUACCAAACAGUGAUCCAGUUUCAGUAUAGGAAAAAAAUAAUUAUCUGUUUGUAGCAGUGUCUACCAAUUUGUGUGCAAAAUUGUUGCUGUUCUGUGCUACCAGUAAAAGGAGUGUUUGGAGAAAUGAUCUAAAUAUUCCUGUGAGGAUUAAGCGAGUGUUUUGAUCCUUUCAUUCGGGACAAAAAGUGUGUAUCUGCAUCGGAAGAAGUUGUGCAUACAUCAUCUGUAAGUGCAACGCGGAUAAAACCAGCUAGUUCACUUUUCCUAUUUCUGGAGUGGUUCAGAGUUUGAAUAGGAAUUCAUCAAUUAAUCAACAUGCGUGAAUUCAAAGUUGUCGUCCUGGGUUCCGGAGGAGUGGGAAAGUCGGCCCUCACGGUGCAGUUCGUUUCGGGUUGCUUCAUAGAAAAAUAUGACCCUACUAUUGAGGAUUUCUAUCGAAAAGAGAUUGAGGUGGACAACUCUCCUUGCGUGUUGGAAAUUUUGGACACAGCGGGAACCGAACAGUUCGCUUCGAUGCGGGACUUAUAUAUAAAAAACGGGCAUGGCUUUAUAGUCAUGUAUUCGCUAACCAACCACCAGACAUUUCAGGAUAUUGCGAGUAUGAGAAAUGUGAUCAGUCGUGUGAAAGGUAGUCAGCCAGCACCAAUCCUCCUAGUCGCCAAUAAGCUAGAUUUAGAUUGCCAAAGAGAAGUGUCCACGGCCGAAGGUAACGCCCUUGCGGAACAGUGGGACUGUCCGUUCAUCGAAGCAUCCGCGAAAGAUCGCAUCAACGUGAACGAAGUCUUCGCUACUGUCGUCCGAGAGAUGAAUAUGACCUCCGAAAAGCGUCAAAAGAAAAGUUACUGUUGUUGUACAUUAUUAUAGAACUGGCAUUAAGUCUAAUUUUUAACCUAAUUAAUAAUAAUAAUUAAUAAAAGAAAAACAAACAUCAAGACACACACUCAACAUGCGCCGGCGAACAGGAGAGUGAAGCGCAUAAACGGACGAGAAGACGAUGCGCCGACCACAUGCAGCAAAACAAUAAACACACAAAGCUUAGAAUUAUAGCCUACUUGAUGGUGCAAAAUCUUAGGCUGUUUCCCCCACUCGAUAUAUCCUGUGGUGGUGCUGUGUGGCAACUGUACAGAACGAACGAUCCUCCUCCAUCUCCAGAAGAAAGCUCCAUAUUCACUGUGAAUCUGUUCGAAGCUAGAGAGCGAUCGAUCGAACGAGUCUUCUAGGCUCAAGCUAUUGCUAUACAUUUCUGUCUUUUGUUUUUACCUACGAAAAGCAGAUUUUACAAGGUUCCUCCUGGAAUGCGGCAAACCCAACUCCCAAAUGAAUGCCGUUUUGGGAUUUACAAUGGAUUAUUAAGGAGGAUGGGAAUGGGACAGGAUGGUUACUGCACUGCGCACAGGGUAAUUAAUAUAGGACUGAGGCAGGAACAGGAACCACUUGUGUAUGCGUGCGUAUGUGUGUGUGCGUGUGUAUUUGUUGGGCAUUUUGACCUUAUCCCGGCAACGGUGGCAAAUAGGAUGGAUGGGAAUUAGUCUUGCGGAUGUGUGGAAAAUUAUCAAAUUGUCUGCAUCAGAAUCGAAUGGAAGCAACCAAAUUUCGCGCAUACAAUAAACAGGGGGAAAUCUAAAGAAGUGAAAUAAAAUAUUACAUGUAACAGAUAAUAAUUAUUAGUAAAACUAACAACAACAGCUAUGUGUAUAUGAGGGAUGUUAAAGUGUGCGAUAAAUAGCAACAAACGGCAAAACAAUUACACAAUGCAGCGAAAGACACAACAACAAAACACACACACACACCAACCUAAACCAAACCCCGUAAAUCCCUACCGAAACCUCCAGUUUUUCACCUCAAUAUGAUAGCAAAUGUGGUAUAGUGUGUAUACAUUUAGAUAUAUGCUGUCAGAGCGAACACAAUCCUACGGGAUUUAGUACUCGCGUGGUGUAUUCGCAUGGUUCUAAGAUGUAGCAACCCCGCCGCCGGGUGGUAGCAGAUGGAGGGAAAAACUGGGAAACCCGCUCUUGUAGGGAAAGCAAAAAGGGGAAAGGAAACAGCGGAUGUAAUAUACACCAGUCACACGGAAGGUUCUCAAAUUUUUACAUGAUAUUUUAUGAACAACACACACACACACACACACUAAAAAAACAGGAAUGAGACUGCAAGUGCACCAGAAAAGGCUGGGUAGAAAAUUUAACAUUUCAUUAGGAAGAAACCGACACGCUACAAACAAACAAACAAACAAACAAACAAACAAACAAGCAUAACAAUUCUCUAUCUCUCACACAACACACCGAAGCACCCGAAGCACAUGAAGCAACGUUCCGGAGUCGCUUUGGAGAAACGGAGAAGCGAAUCAAUUGAUGUACUAUAGUUAAACACAAAACAAGGCAGCGCCGUAACCAAACGAUCGAUCUCUCAGAUUUAAUAAUUCGGGAUGCGAGAAUGCAUCUCUCAUGUGGCAUGAUUGCACAUGAAAACGGGAACUAUACAUCCGUAAUAAUGUUGUCUGCCAGUGUGGGAUGGGAUGACGCAAAAGGCAUCGCAUCGGGAAACGCAAGAUCAACCGUACGUAUAAUGAGGGUAGAACUUUAGUAACGGCGGAGAGGUAUAUGUUUGUUUGUUUUCCUUUGUUUUUUUUUGUUUUUCGUUUAUUGCUGCUGAUCGAUAUAGGCAAACAUUCACAACACGCUGUUGCUCCUUCGCGUGUUUAUGUAUGUAUGUGUGUAUGUGUGUGUGUCUGUGUGUGCGCGUAUGUUUGUGUGUGUGUGUGUCGCACGCGCAGGCAUUCACUGUCGCUUUAGUCGCUGCUUAAUAAGGUGUAAUCUUUGUAGAAGUUUUUUUUUUUAUGUAACGAAAAUAUGUGCCAUUUCACGAUGGCCUGGUACACAGGAUGCUUCCUUCCUUUGUCACUCCUUUGUCUGUCACACACUAACUUUUCUAAUUGCGUUGUUCUUUCGCAUAUUCACCUUUUUGAUUCGAAAUCCGGUCCCGACUGAAGUGUGCAGGUGGGGGAGAUGUCGUCGGGGUCGGGGGUAGGAUGUAUGCAAAUACACUAGCACGCAAAAUUGUUUUUUUUUAUUCCUAGCAGAUGAUCGGCUCCUGAUUUGUAAUACACUUACCCACCCCCUCUCCGACAACAUUCUAUUAGUGAAAGUGGAGUGGUGGAGCCGCAUUGAACGGCACUUAGACGUUGCCAAUGUGAUAGCUACGGAGACGUGAACCCGAUGCAAAACCUAAAUUGAUUGCAGCAAUUACCCUACCCACCACUCCAAAGGAUAAACAUGGAAUUGUGUUUGUAGCAGGCGGUGUGCCGAACAUUUAGCAAAGAGUUAGAAAAACGGUGUUAAACAUUAAGAAAUCAACAUCAAAGCAGCCUAAACAGGAGGAGAUGAUGGAAGGUGACGAUGAUGGUGAUGUUGAUGAUGAUGAUGAUGAUGAUGAGAGGUGUGUGUAGCGCGCGAACGUUCCGAAAGGACGAUGCGCAUCUCCUUAGUUUCGCCUCCUGGUUUUCUUUACCAAGGUAUGUACACCAAAAAGCAAGAAGUAAAACAAUUGGAGAUCAAAUGAAGCAUUAGUCUACACAUUAAGAACGAACACGCGUGUUUCACUGGCAGUGCGACAGAUCGGUGAUUGGUGCACGAAAGGGCGAACAUUUGAGAGCGAGAGAGGUGAACAUUCAUAAAUAGUAACACAUGCAUACAUAUUAUUAGGCGUAAUUUAGGAAGGAGAAGAUCACCUCAUGGCAUAUAAUAGUAGCGCGAGUUCUUCGCGAGAAGAAUCCGAACGAAGGAAAGCUAGGAAUGUAAUGUGAAAGGAUCGAUCAAUAAAUAAGAAACAGACUAUUUUUAUCGUAUCAAAUUUUGUAUACAAAGGGGAAGGAAUGUAAAAAGAAACAAAAACCAUGUAGCAAGCAUACAUAUAAAAUGAAGGAAAAAAGAAAAGAAAAGAAACCACCAUCUGUGGAUUACAGGAGCUGUGUGUGGGAGAGGGUAAAUGGCAAUAGGACAAUUACCUACAACUACCAGGUGUAUCCCGCAGUGAAAGGAGCAGCAAAAUGGUUUGCGGAACGGAUGGAGGAAAGCCCAAUUUUGAAGAAACGCGGAACGGAUAGAAAAUGGUGCGCUAAGUUACAAUAAAGUAAAAUGUACGUGAACUGUA